UGUUUGCAUCUAUUAUGAUUUUGCAACUGGGAAACAAAUAUAGUGAUAUUCACUCAUUAGAAUUUAUACAACUUACCAUUUAUACCAUUAGAAAUGUAACACUUAUAAACUUAUGGUUAGAUUCUAACUGCAUUUCAUUGUCUUUGUACAUUGGCUUUAGACAUUUUCAGUCCAAUAAUGAAUUCUAUAACAACGGGAGCUCUCAGAUUUAUAAUUUAAGUAGAGAUGUAUACCUGUGUAGAACAAGGAAAUAAAAACAUACACUGCUCUUCUGUUUAGUUCAUUUUUAAUAAUCCAGAAUUUCAAGAGAAAUUUCAAAAGAAAUAAUUGUAUAAAAUGGGACAAACACAAUCAGCUCCACCUCCACGUCAACCUUCACCUCCACCUCCACCUCCCAAAGUUGAAUAUGAUACGCCAUGGAGGAAAAUGCCUUGGGGGAAAAAAGACGCUUUAGAAGAGAAACUGAGGAACUUUAAGCUCAACACUACUGAUGUUAAGUUUGUCAGGAUUCUGAUCGUUGGUGAAGUUGGAGCAGGAAAGUCCAGCUUUAUAAAUUCAAUCAAUGAUGCUUUCCAAGAGCGAAUCACCUCUGGGGCACUUGCUGGAUCAUGUGGAACCAGUUUCACAAAAAAAUAUCAAACUCAUCAUAUCAAAGGGAAGGAUGGCUCCCAUUUGCCUUUUGUCUUCAAUGAUAUCAUGGGACUUGAACGUGAAGGUAGCAAAGGCAUAUGUGUAGAUGACAUUAUCUCAGCCUUAAAGGGGCUAAUUGAGGAAGGAUACAACUUUAAUCCUCUUCAUCCUGCAUCUGGAAAAGACUCCAAAAACAAUCCCAGGGUUUCUGAUCACACCUUCUGCCUGGUCAAUGUUCUAGAUGCAAACAAAGUGUCAUUUAUGGACCACAAGUUUAUUGAUAAGAUGAUACGGAUUCGUGAGGCGGCUUCAGACUAUAAUUUGCCUCAAGUAAUCGUCAUGACAAAAGUUGAUGAACUUUGCCCACUGGUUAAAGAGGACAUAAGAAAGGUGUACACCAGUAAGAAGAUUAAAGAAAAGAUGCAGGAUUGCAGUAAUGCACUGGGGAUUCCAAUGAGCCACAUCUUCCCUGUGAAGAAUUACCACGAGGAGACUGACACAAUUGAUGACAUGGAUCUUCUGAUCCUCAAGGCACUUGAUCAGAUUGUGAAUCUUGCCAAUGAUCAGCUGGAAAACGGAACCUCUUGUGAAAAACUGGAGAUGAACAGCUUCAAAGGAGGAAAUCUGCCCAAAAUGGGUGGAAAGAAAUCAAAACCAGAAUCAGAACCAGAAGACUUCGAGCAACUUUGGAGAAACAUCGACUGGAACCCAAGCAAUCUGAAAUCUGAGUUAAGUGAACUUCUUAAAUUUAUGGAAAACCGCAAAGACAUCAGGCAGUUCAAAAUACUGCUUCAUGGACCAGUCGGAGCUGGGAAGUCCUGCUUUGUAAACUCAGUGAGGAGCGUAUACAAGGAAAGAAUUGUAUUCGGGGCAGCAGAGGAGACAUCUGCUGGAAAGAGCUGCACAAAAAGAAACAAAACUUACAAAAUCACUGACAAAGAUUCUGUCACCUUGCCAUUUGUCUUCAGUGAUGUUAUGGGUCUGGAAAAUCAAGAUGAAUCUGGAAUUCAUCCUGAUGACAUCAUUAAUGUGCUGCAUGGCCGUGUCAAAGAAGGCUAUAAAUUUAAUCCUUUUUCCCCACUGACUGAUGCUGAUCCAAACUACAUACAUGAACCCAGUCUGAAUGACAAAGUUCACUGUUUGGUGACCGUAGUGGAUGCAAAGAGCAUCUCCUUAAUGGAGGAUGAGAUGAUUCAGAAGAUGAAAGCUGUCAGAAAAUCUGCCCUCAGAUUGGGUAUCCCUCAUGUGGUUCUGAUGACAAAAAUUGAUGAUGAUGUCUGCCCACUGGUUACACAGGAUCUAGCUGAGGUUUACAAAAGCAGGAAAAUCAAAGAAAAGAUGCGGGAAUUCAGCCACACAAUUGGUCCACCACUGAAAUGCAUCUUCCCAGUGAGCAACUAUCAUGAGGAGACUGAAGUAGAUGACAAAAAAGAUGUGCUUAUUCUGUCUGCCUUAAAGGCAAUUGCAGGAUUUGUUAAUGAUUACUCUGAAGAGGGUAACAUCUGAGUAUCUGCUAAAAAGUCCAUUUGGAAAAGAGAAUUGGGAUUUAGGUCUUUAUUAUCAUCAAAUCUUGAUGUAGCUCAUAUAUUAAUCAUGAUUAACUACUUCAACUAUAACGACAAUCACAAAGUCAUAAAAUUGUAAUGUGUGCCUGUGAUUACUAGUGUAGAUUAAUUAAGAGCAUAUUUAAUUGGCUUUUAUUAAAUUUAAGUCUCUCAUCUGUUUAUGCUACAGCUCACUGUUAUUUUUAAUGUUAUUCAUACAUUCAGUGUUUCAGUAUUUGAGAAAAAUGAUAUCUUCUAUUACAUCCUGCUUGAUAACAACUUUUUGUGGAUAUUUAAAAAAAACAAUAAUAAUAAUAAUUACUUUGUCAGUGAUGUCAUAUUUGACUUUGAUUAACAAUUUUUUUUUAUCUACUUUUUUCGCUAUAAUAUUUUGUUUAUUUUUUGUAAUGGGGUUUAAAGCUGUGUUGUUUUUUCUUAUUCAUUAUUAUAGCAUCACCAAAAUAUAAACAAUUGUGCCAUUAAUGUGUCAUUAGUGUAAACAAACAAAUCAGUAGAAAUGUUAUAAAUAAUAACUAGAUUUGUAAAGUUUGUCGCAACAAACUUUGAUGUUGGCUUUGACGAGGCAAGUAUUCGCAAAGGCCGGUGCUUUUUGGAGGCGAGUGGACAUAAGGGUCAGUGUUACUUUUGGAGGCAAGUGGACAGAAAGAUAAGGUGCCAAAACAUUUGGAGGCAAGUGGAGAUGAGCACGUGAUGUCAUCAGAAUACACAUGAGGAAGUUCCCCUCAUUGUUCUGAGUGUUUUGAUAUGUCACAUGUCCAUGCUGUAAAAAAUUUUUUUGAUUUUGCAUAUUUUGGGGGCUGGUCUGCGGCACAACCGAAAGGUCAGUCGGUACACCAAUUUAAAAGUUUGUUCAGAGUAUCACCCUAAAGGAGCUGGCCGAGUUUGGUGUAGAUAGUUCGAAAGUUUAUAAUGGGAGUCUAUGGGAAAAAAGGUCAUUUUGAGACCCGGUACCGGAAGUAGCGGAAUAGCAACAAACUUCAGAGCAGGGUCUACAACAUAUCUGAAUUUGGUGCAUGUGGCUCGAAAGCCCUAGGCCGCAAUAAGUUUUAUACAUUUUUGUCUAAGCUGAAAUAGGAAAACAGAAUGUUGGCUUCUACAAAGCAACAUAAUUACAGUGAAGACCUGCCAACUCCUGUUUGGUACCUGAUGUCUCCAGCUCCUUUAGCAGUUAAUUUCUACUUGUCUUGAGGUCUAUUGAAAAAGGCCCUGGCUCUCAGAGUAGUAAGGUCUUUUACACAGACAAAGGCAUCACAUCAAUUAAGUCAAUCUGACUGUUUAAACCUGGUGCAUAUUAACAUCUAUUAUUAUCUAUUAACAUGUGUUCUAUUAAUCUUUAUAUUAAUCUUUAUAAUAACCUUUUGUUCUAUGGUUAUGUUCUGUUCAGCUGCUUUGAGAUGAUGUCAAUUGUAAAAAGCGCUGUACAAAUAAAUUUGAAUUGAAUAGUG